GAGAAGAGAAAUGUUACACUACACUUUCAUAGGAAGAAGCCACACAGCAGAGAGAGAAUAGAAGAGAGAGAGAAGAGAGAGAGGAGAAGAAGCUCAGCCGAUCGCCGCCGUGAAAGGUGAAAUUCCGGCGACGCGCCGCCGUGAAUUGGAAGAUAUUUCUCGGCGAGGUUGAUUACAUGAGAGAAGAAGUAAGCUCAUGGAGAGAACUAGAGAAUCGAAGAGAUCAGCCAUGGCGUCUUCCACCGCCGCCGGCAACGGUUUCCACAGACGCAGUAGGCAUCGAACCAUCGCUCUCAGGGAGUCCUCAGUGGUUUUACUGUUCGUUUUUCGCAGAGGAAGGUGUGAACAAGAGAGGGAGGAGCAAGAGAUUGAGAAGCUCUCAGUCGCGCAGGGAGGAAGGCGACGAGCACAGCACCGAAGAGAGCGUCGGAAACGAGCAGGACGACGACAUAGUACAGCAAGACGCCGGAGCUACUGCGACAGGUUCCGUCAAUACGACGUCGUCGUUCGCCGCCUCCGAUCAAAUUCUUCGCCGGAGCUACGUUCCGCCGCCGACGCUAAAGGUCACGGACGAGAUGAUCGGCGUCGCGGUUCCGAGGAAAGCUCGUUCAGCAUCUGUGAAAAGAUCGAACGAAAAUUGUGUCUCUGCAAGUGGCGGCGGCGGCGACCGGAAUUUCCGGCAACAGUCGAAUUCUCCGGUUGAGCCGGCAUCUCCUUCUUCUUCGAGUGUUUCUGUGAAGAAAAAGAUGAAAGCGAUUGGUGAUUCUUCUGAGACAUUGAAAUCGCAAUCAUCAGAUAUUGAGAUUGAAAUAGCUGAGCUUCUUUACGGUUUGAGGACUUCCAAGAAAAACGACACGUCGUCUUCUAAGGAUGCUGAUAAAAAGAAAGUGGAGGAGUGCAACAGUUCUCAUGCUUUAGUACCUUGUAAUUCAACAACAGCAGAGUUGGUUAGUGUUCAAACUGAGCAAUCUGCAAGUGUUCAUUGUCACGGUGGUAAUGCAGUUGUUAACGAAAGUGGAUCAUCAGAGGCUCCAAAUGAUGUCAUAGGGGAAGAUAAGAAUUCAGGUGCCGAAUGUGGUGUUUUCACUGAUGGAAGAUCAGCCUCCCCUGUGAGGGAAAAGCCGAAGUGGCUCACCGAGCUGGAUGUUGAGAAACAGAAUUCAGCUUCAACUAAAGUGGUACCUACUGUUCCGGGGACCAGUGGCCAAAGAGUAGGCAAGUUUGAGAUUGAUCUGAUGGCUCCUCCUCCUGUGAUGCCAUCCCCUGAAGAUGACUUAUCAAAGGGUGAUGUCAUACCAGAGACUAAACCUUGGGCACUGAAUUUGGAAAAGAAGAGAGAAGAUAGCAGUGCGAAGGUUGAAGACAUGGAAAAAACAUUUAAGAGAGAAAAAACUGCAGAUGAAACAGAAGAGGCAAAAAAGGUCACACUUAGAGAAAGAUGUGAUGUGCUAAAACAUGAUUUGGAGAAACCAAACAAUGUUAAUGAUACAAGUCCAAGCAUUAAGUUAGAAGAGCAGAAUAGUAAUAAGGAACAAUAUACUAGAUUAUCAAAUCCCAAAGUUGAGAAAACUGCUCAAUAUAGCUCAAUGCCUCUAUCAACUGCUGGAUCGGGUCAUCCAAACAGUCUCUCUUCCGUUGGAUGCACAAUGCCUUCAGAGACAGUUUUUAAGAUGGACAAAGCCACAGGAUCAUCGACAAAGUUUGAGCAUGUGAAGGAAGUUCCUUCUCAGCCACAACCAAAGAGAUGUGCAACCCAUCAUUACAUUGCUCGUAACAUCUUCUUACACCAGCAGUUCACAAAAAUGAACGCCCUUUUGGCACCAUCUAUUGGCUCUGCUUCGCUGUGUGGCACAAAGCCCAACAAUCCCUCGGCAGAAAGUUUGGUUAUUGGGAAGCAAUCUCAGAAACACCAUGCAGUACAGGGGAAAGGGUCAUCUGCCACAAGUGAUUCUAGUCUUACGGCAGUUAAAAAUUCUAAUAAUGCCAAUCCAACGGAUUCAACACAAAGGAUGCAGCUCGUGCUCCAGCAAGGUUCACGUCCUGGCUCAACUAGCAAUCUAGUGCAUGCUCCUGCUUAUUUACUUCCUCCGGGUCAGCAUCAAGCAUCAGUAGCAGCAGCUACAAGUCAGGCAGGUUUAAAUUCCACCACCGGUGCUUUGUCAUAUAAUAAGUCCCAUAGUUCAGGUGCCAGAUCUCUUGCUACCUCUUCAACUUUGCCAGCAGUAGCAGCUUCAAUGAGCUUUAGCUACCCAAAUUUUUCAACCAGUGAUACUCCGUAUGUGACAAUAGUUCAAAAUAAUGGUUACUCAUUCCCGUUUUCGACCUCAUUGGCUGGGGCUAAUGCAGCAAUCAGAGGCGCAAACCCUGCACAGGCACCACAAAUACUCAAUGGGACUUGCUACCCUUCUCAAUCAAUUCAUCCUCCUCAGCAUCCACAACAGCACCCUCAUUCACAAGUACUGGUUCCACCAAGUUAUCCCAAUCCAAGCACAUCGAGCAGUUCAUCAUCAUAUAAGCAGUCACAGGGUGCACAGUUUAAUGGCAAUAGCAUUUUGACCUCUCCACCUAUGCAAUCACAACAGUCACAAAAGCAACACGCCUCGCUGUCCCACCAUCUCAAGCAUGAAACUGAGGUUAACAGAGACAAUGCCUCAUCUGUUGUGAAUCGAAAAUCUUACCCACAGAAGAACGUGCAUGGACACAACUUCACAAUUCCAGCUCAGCCAGUGAACUUAUCUUUCCGGCCAUCUGUAAUUUCAGACAAUGUCGGUGGAAACAGCCGGAAUAUCAGUGACAAGCAACAACAGCAACAGGCUUCUAAAGGCGGAGUGGAGACUACACCAUCUCAAGCAUUUGCAAUAUCAUUUGGUGCAUAUAAUGGGACAAACGUUCCUUCAAACCUUAACUUCUCAGCUGUGGGACAGAACCCCAUGAUAUUUCAUAGCCUGCCUGAUAUUUCAUGGCAAGGAUAUCAAGCUGCAAGUACACCUCAUUCUACUCAGCAAAGGCCUUAUUCAAUAACUGAAGGGAAGAGUGGAGGUAGUUCUUCCCAUCAAGAAGAUGAGAAGAAAAUCACUCAUGGAAAAUCAUCAACCAAUUAUGGACCAACAACUCUUGUUUUUGAUAAUUCAUCAAAGAAUGUUAACUUUAUGUUUUCUCCUUCAAACGGAAACUGGCCUAAUUGCACUGUUGCUUCAAGUUCAGUAACAAGUGUGUCUUCAACUGCAAUAACAAGUGCGCCUCUUUCUAGUAAUGCCUCAAGUUCUCAAGAGCCAUCAUUGCUUCAUCUUCAGAAGCAGUAUGGUAUUCAACAGUCACAGCAGCAGCCUGCUAUGGCUACUUGGUAUAAAGCACCAUCCACCAAUAUCAAUUCGGCUACAAAGUUUGCCAAUGAUAUCCCUGUUUUCACACAAACUCAAAGCAAAAGUUCUACCCAAGCUUCUAACUCUAGGAGCUCAGGAAGAACCAUGGAUUCUCAUCUUCAUCAUGCACCUGUUAUAACAUCUAAUGCUCCAAACCUCAAAAGUUAUUCUCAGGAGCAAGGAAGAAUUUCACAGGGUCGUAUGCAAAUUUCAUUUGGGGGAGAUUACACAACCCCCCUGCCACCGCAAGGGCAACUAAUCAGUAACAACCGACCUGUGUCUACAACAGUUGCAGGCACUCCACCUAAUGGGGGCAAUUUGAUGCCAAAUCCAGAGGGAAGGAAAGUUAGUUCAUCGAUGAACACUUCAUCAGUGAACACUCAAUCGCAACAAACUGAUAAUUCUUCUGCUGGGAGUGGUAAAAAAUCUUCUCCAGUUUGUGGGAGAAAUGUUCCUUCAAUUUUAAGCUCAUGCCCCAGCCAACUAUCUGAGCUAAAGUAUUAAGAAAAUAAACUGUGUUGUACACCAAAAAUAGAAUUAGUUCUAUAGAAUCCCCUUGGAGGACUUGCUGAUGUUGCUUCAAGCUCAAAGUGCAGUAGAUGAGGGGUUACCUUUCCUGGUCUCGUGCAUGCAUUUGGGAUGCAGGGUAAUUUUGAAGGCACAGAAGAUUUUGUUUCAGACGUGGCAAUGUAGUUGAGGUACAUGUUUAUUUGAAAAAUUCACUCUUGCACAUAUGAUUGGUGGUUACUACAUUUCUCUGUGUUGUAGGAAUAGACAAAAACAGUUGGUGAUAGUGCAAAUUGGGAUGCAUUAGGC